ACUGUAACAAAAUGUGUAAUCAGAUUUAGUUUUUGUGAAAAAACAAAUGAGCAAUCUGGAGAAACAGCCUCAUAUAUUACAAUGUGUACUGUAGAGUUUCUUAUAUGUACACGCAUGUAUAUGUUUCACGAGAAACAUAUGUAGUUAAGUUUAGAUUUCUUUAAGAAAUCUAUGUGACCGACAGUAACGUUUAAAUUUAUGUCAAUAGUGAUUUUAAAGUACAAGUUUUAAAUAACAUUGCAAGUGGUCAGUUCUUUUUGCUUUUGCACUUCUCUCUUCUAACUUAUGAACGUAAAACUUGUUAGGUAAUUGGAACCCUUCUUUAAUUUCAUUUGCAAAAAAAGUUUGUUGCAAUUUAGCGGCUAGUAUUUCAUGAAAUUCAUUUAUUCCAUAUCCUUAUUAGUUUUAGAUCUCUUUGCGUAUCGCCCGUUUUCGCUUCUUUAGUCCAUCUCCUGCUUGAAUUUAUAGAUAAUAUUGUAUAAAUCACAAUGCAAUGUUCAUUUGUUAUAAUUAUGAAACGCUGCAUCUAUCGUAUAUGUGAUUAUGUUAAGGCAGCAUUAAGAAAAAUCGAAACUAAUCUCAAAAUAUUUCUUUUUCUUUGACCCGAGAUUCUUUAUAUAAAUGAUCAGUUGGUCGCAGAUUCGUUAAGUAGUUUCAGAAACAGAUUUUGAAUGCCUUGUGAAAAUGUGACGAGGAAAAGAUUUGCAUGUCAAUCGUAGUUCAAUAUAGCGUUACAGAUGUGUCCGCUUUGUUUCAGAGACGAUCUAUAAAUCGAUCAUUUUGGGCUUAUGUUCCAUUAUUUUCUGUGAUGCGGAACUCAUGCAAGAUAUCUCCUUUGAGAGCUGAGUAAGAAAUGUAAUAAACCCAGGAACGCAUCAAACAAUGAACUGAAUAUGAUUUACUUUCCAAUGGAAGAUUAUAAUUAUAAACAUUUUUAAAGAGAAUGCAGUAAAAAAGUUAUAAAGAGUUACUGUAUUUGACAUAAAUUGGGUUAUUUGGCUACCUACUUCCAAUUGUUGGUUUCAAUGAAAAAGAAGAUUAUGUAGAAGGUUCAUUAUAUUGCAGAUUUUUACAAAUCAUUUAUAUGAUGCUACCUGUUACUGUUCUGCGUAGGAGUUAGAUGUGUUUUUCAGGACAAAAUUGAUCAAUUCUGAAAUUUAUUUAAAAAUCUCUACAAAUCUUUUCAUAGGAAUAUUUUUAGGUUUUUUCAAUUUAAAUCAUUUGAAGAGACGCUCGAAUCGUAAUCAUAUUUAGCAACACUCCGGACUAUCGGCAACUGUUCUAAUACUCUUUAUCAAUUUGUAUACACGCUCUCUUAUGAGUUUCCUCUCAGUGACAGACAACCUGGCAAAAACAGACCGCAAUCGACCAUUAAUACUACCUCUAGUUAAUUCGAUUCACAAGUGCCUUUAGUGACGCAUACGUACGGACUAAUAAAAUGCUCGUCGCAAAUUUUAAAAGUGCAAAAACUGCAAGAACGCAUCGAUAUAAAGCGAAAAUUUAACAUGAAAUAAUAGUUUUCGAUAAACACACUAACCGUCAUAUACGCAAAUCAAUAAAGCGAAAGGAAAACCUUAUAUUUCAGCAAUAAUAAAAAACAAACAAAAAUUAUGGCAAAUAAAGAAAAAAAAAUUGCAAUGGAAAUAGAAAACUAAAUAGAAUUUAAUGCGAACACAUUGAAAUGCGUUGGCUUUACUGGCGUGUAAAUAUAUCUAUGCAAAUAUUUGUGGCUUUGUGUGUGCGGUUAUGUGUUGCCCUUGGACAUCAUAAUUAAAGCACUUAAAAACAUUAAAUAAAUAAAAAAUCCACUGUAUCGAUCAAUGGAAUUUAUUUUGAAUUUAUAACACAUUGCGAACGAAGCAGGCUAGUAUUUGUUUUCUUUCCUGGCAUAGUUUGGGCUGAAAUAAACCAAAUAAAACGUAUUUGAUACACGCCGCUUUACUAUAAUAGGAAAAAAAAAUUUUGCAUUGAUAACCAAGAUUAUAAACAAAGCGUUUGGUGUAAUGUAUGGUUAUAAAGAUAAUUGAUACUGCUACAUAGGGGCGAAAGAGAGAAAAAGAAAGAGAGAGACACAGCUAAUAAAAAGCUGAUAUCUGAAGGAAGAUAUCUGAAAUUAAUAGAACAGUAAAAUUAAAAUUUAAUUGGUAUCGCGCAAUAAGCACACCAAUCGCAAUUGCAACAUGCGACAAUGUUGCUAAAAGUUAUACUGCUUCACCGUUAACAUAUGAAAUUGUUUCAUGCCAGGUAAAAAACAACCACUGCUAUUCCUAAUAAAACGAUAUGCUAUCCUAUUUAACCGGAGAGUUUGAACCCGCUGGAGCUAAAAAAUACUUGACUGCAAAAAUUUCAUUAAUAAAUGAAAAAUAUAUAAAAAUUUUUUGAGAAUCUGAUCUGAAACGAAGAACGAAGGGGAGUGAAAAGAAGAAAGUGUGAUAGAAAAAUAGAAAGUCGCAGAGAGAUAAUAUAACGCAGAAGACGCGCAACCUCCUCAAAAGGACUUGGAAAAUUGGUACCAAUUAAGAGUUUAGUCGUUUUAAACCUUACCAACAUGACUUCAUAUGCUACCGUGCAAGAUAAUGGUAAUGCCACUAACACAACCUUGACUUCGCCGUUAUCUUCAUCUACGCUGGAAACGGCCGCGACACAAACCGAUUUAACUAGCAAUAAUUGCAUAAAGAAAAUUGAUCAACCUUGCAGUCCCUGCUGUGAUGUGGACUCGUUUUCAGAGAGCGAACGCGAGAAAAUGGAUUCAACACCUGAAAAUAUUAAAAAAAUCGAUGACGUUAUUAAUGAAACAGUCAGUCUCCAGCCUAUUAAUAAAUUGUCUGCAUUGUCACAUCGAGCCGAGCAGAUUGCCGUUGGUAACUCAAUUACAAAAUUUUGUCUGGCCAAACCAUUAUCGCAGUCACAGUCCAUCGAUUUAAGAGAAGCAGUAGACAGUUGCAACCAAGGUAAUAACAACAUUAACAACAUAGAAAAUGAAGACAAAUUGAAUGCAUCAGUAGCAGACGAUAUCAGCAGUGAAAAGGAAGUGGAAGCGCACGCUUCGAAUGACGAUGAAUCAGCAUCGAUUUCGUCAAAUGGCGUUACAACGUUGAUGUCUUCAACGAAACAAUCGUGUGCUUUUACAAUAGACAAUUUUAAUGAUAAAGAAUGUGAUACUGCUGCUCAGGCCGCCAAAUAUAAAAGCAUGAUGGAACGUUUUCAAAAUCGUCAUCGUCGCGGUGCUUCAUUGUCUAAAUUGGAUAAAGAUGAUGCAUCAACGAGAUCGCAACAAACUCCCACACGUUUAAGCAGCUCCCAGUCGUCUAUGCCAUUUACAGCGCGCUCAUCGGCACGUAAUUCACUGGUGAUUGAAGAAAACAAUGCUAACUCAUUAGAAUCAGAGACAAAGUCAGUAACCCAAAAGGUUAAAUUGCGAGUUCGUGAUCGUAGCACCUCCCGUGUACGUGAUGCUUCAAAGCGACACAGUUGGUCACCACGUUCAAGUACUCACGAAAGUAAUUUGCCACAAUUGCAACAAACGACACAGGUUUCGGGUAAAUCAAAUUCUCGUAAAAUCUCAAAAACAAAUAAGCAAACUCCUGGAGUAGUGCCUAAGGGUGCUGCAAAUUUAGUGGCGAAUCGGACACUUUUUGCACCACGUUCAACCGCUAUGCAGUUGGCGUUGCGACAUGUGGAUUUCAUGUGUCCGCAACCACCAUUGACUGAUUUCAAACAUCUCAACGCCGACGCAGAUGAUGUAAGCGAAGCUGGUACGUAUACAUUAGAUGGGGAUAACUACACCGAAGAGCAAAAAGACCUUAUGAACAUUGACAAAAAUGCUAAGUCAAGCGAGGGAAGUGUUCAAAACAGUAUAUCAUCAUCCAAAUUAUUGCAAUCAAAUGCUAAAUCAAAGCGUUCGACUAAUGUUUUGGAGGUGAAUUAUUAUCAUGAUUCGGAGGCGAUCGAUGAACGUGCUAAGCUGCGAUAUAAUACAGCGAAUGAUGUUAUCAUAGGAAACCAUCAAAAGGCUGGUGCUUACCUGCAAAAGAUUAAGUCACGAGUCCUACGUAACAUAAAUGCUACAAAAAGCAUGGAAAGUAAAGGGGAUGCGAAAAUGAAGAAGAAGCUUUCUCCAACUUCAGAUACGGAGGAAGAUACGGAUGUAGGCUGUUUUACAAGUGUUACUACGAGUGGUGUUUUAGCUAAGCAGAGAACAUUGGAUGCUCGUCCCAAAGUAUCUCGAAACUGUGGACUGUCAACAUCUCAAAUUGAUAGUUCCGAAUACAUCAGUAAUGAAACCAAAUCAAAAAGUUCUGGUACAAGUUCUUUGGCGGGUGGGUUUACUGAUCAUCAAAAAGCCGAGUACAGAUUAAAUGUUUUCACUAAUCAAAAAGAAAUAUCGCAAAAAAAAUUUGCUGCUACCAGGAAUCUAAUAAAAACCCCUCCACAGACUCCCGUUGAUGCAAUUCCCUUAUCGAAGCUUUCGGAGGCAGCUGUUUUACAAACAGCUCAAACGAAGCAUGAUUGGAUACAAGAAUGGGCUCGCAAUGCUCGAGCAAGAAGCUUGGCCAACGACAGACUCUGUGGAACUUCUAAGCAAAUAUCUCAAGACAUUCUUAUGACGCGUUCAUAUACUUGUGCUGACACUGCAAAUGAUUCCCUAACCGAUGAGAGCGUUUAUAGUACUCACGGGAGACAAUACAUGAAUCCGACAAAAUUGAAUCGAUGUUUAGCAGAACGUUUCCGUUUGCCAGCAGGUUCAGGAAUAGAGUGUGAUUAUGCUAGCGAUCCGUCGCUACCUACUUCAUAUGCGAAACCACCAAAGAGCCCCACCAAAAUUCCGUCGCCACUUCAUUCCCUGGGUAGAACUCGCAGUGUUAGCCGCACUAGAGUGUCUUUACAAAAUAUGGCAUCACAAGAAGACGACUAUCUGCAACAGACCGCAGCAGCAAUAAACACAUUGCAAGAAACGAUAUCACGUAAAAACUCCCUUAAAUCUCCAACAUCUUCGGCUUCUCCAAGAGCUCAUUCAGCACGUUCACAUAUCAUAUAUUCACCAGAAGAAAGGGGUACUGAACGUAGUCCUCAGCAUAGUUUGCCAUCACAACGACAACGGCAGAUCUCUACGGCAUCUUUAAUGACGAGUAGUAUUAAUGAACAACAACUUCAAAUGUUGACAAGUGGUGAAUAUCUACUGCGACAAAUGUGCACGCGUAAAAAUUCACUCGAUGCGAACGUAGACGGUGCGGAUGAUGGAUCGCCGCGUUUGCGUGCUCAGCAAAAAAUUGCGGCUCAGUUACAAUCACCAACAACUCCUACUGCAAAUGAAGGGCAAUGUUUCUCGUCUUUGAGAAGAUCCAGUUCGUUUACGGCACGGGUGGUCGCUUCUCAGAAAACUGGCCGCCCAAAUUUUCAAAAUCUGUACACACCACCAGCAGCACGUCAUGGCUAUGGUAUGAGUACAGGGCAUACUUCCCAAGGCCCAAGACCUACCAGUGGGCAUCUGAUUAAAAAGUCCGCCAGCAGUAAUAACUUUGGGCAAGCUUAUAGCGAUUACGACGAUAAUAUACAGUAUUAUAUAAACGAUGAAGAUGAUAUGGAAGAUUUAGGUGAAGAAUAUUUUUCAAGUGGAGGCGAAGAAAAUAUAGAAUCGGUAUACUGCGAACGGUCUACUACGGAAGAAAAUGUGCCCGAAAACAAUGUACCUCUUACCAAUACUAGAUACAAUAAAGCUUUACUCAUGCGUAUUGAACGCAGUAAGCAGAAAGUUGGUGGAAAACCACAAUCUGUACCCGUCGGAAAGUCUGCAACAUUAAUAGGCGGUGGAGUAGUAGCAUGCCCGAAUACUCCUGAAUUGCCGAGGCGUACUGUUAAAAGUGCCACCGCACGUUCAAGUACAGCGCGCCAAAGUGUGCCGCGUGAUAUCAGCCUUAACCGCCUUGCGCAGCAGGUUCCCAAUUCUUUGGCAUCAGCCAAAAAACAAUUGCUACAAACCGCCGCUAACGUAACUUUAGCCACACCAACUACUUCCCGUUCCAGUUCUAGUCAACGUACUCAGCCUCGUUAUUUGGAUAUUUCCAAAUAUAAACCUGCCCAAAGUAAUCAAUUUUUACGAAAAAACGACGCCAAAAGUACUCUAAAGCAACCGUCUAGCGAAGUUAUGAAACGCAGUCCUAGCAGCUCAUCCAUGGGUCUUGCACGCACUGAUCCGUCACGAUCUAGUAAUCGUUCUGUACGUUCUGUAACCUCAGUUAUGACAAUGAACGCCACAACAAUGAGUGUAGGUAGAGCUUCUUCUGCGGUUAGACGAGAUAUUUCUGCAUCAAAACAAAAAGAAGUUGAGAUGGCUAUGUGGAAGCGUCGUUCUAAAUACGAUCCUAUGAAAGCAGCAGCCGAAGAUAGACGAAAACGGGAAGAGGCGAAACGUUUGGCCGCCCAAACUCAGCAACUAGGUGCCAUUGCUAUGCCCAUUGAGAGACCAUCACGAUCUCCUUAUCGUCGUAGCCAAUUAUGACCAGAGGGUCUACUUAUAACUGAUCUUUAAGUCAAUUUUUUAGAGCAACAAACGAAAAUAGAUAGACACUUACAUAUAGGACGUGAAAACGCUUAUUAAACGGCGAUUGCAACACUAAAUCUAAAAUAUAUUAAAAAUUUAGUGUUUUAUACAUUAUCUGAGCUCUUCUAACACUUCAUCUCACAACGGGGAGUUACACGAGUAAUCACUGUGUGCUUGAAAUUAACUUCGUUAGACUUCCGGUUGGUUGGUUGGUUGAUUAUCCUCGAUAUAUUUAUAAAAAAAAAAAAGUAAUUAUAAAACAAUUUUGAUGCAUUUUGUUGGAAUGUGUUUUCAUCUAUAGUCGCUGUUCUAUUAUUCAAUUACUAACUAUUUAGACUCGAUUAAUGUACAAUUAAUUAUAAUUCAUAUUAAAUACUUCUGUGCUUUGCAGUUAACAAAAGCGUGCCUUUUAUCUGUUCAACUAAAUGGGUUGGUUAUAAUCCAUUAAUGCUAGUUCUGCUCCUCCUCACAUAAUUACCAUUUUAAUAUAUUCAAUCUUAAUUCAGAUAUCUGCUAUGUUAGCUUAACGUUUUUAUGACAACUCUGUGCUGAGUUGUUCCUUCUCUCUCUCUCGCUGUCUCUACUUAUCACUUUCUCACAUUUCGUUAUAUAUAUCGAAUUACAUCAGAUGCAAUUAAAAGUGAUCCUUUUGACAAGAUAUUUGUAAGUCUGUAUGAGUGAACUUUGUUUUUUUAAGUUUUCCUUGUUUCUUUUUCUUGUUAUAUGAGUGUAGCCAUGGUAAGGACAAAUAUUAUUCAAUAUAAAUCAUCUAGAUAUAUGCUGAAUUUCGAUCUUAAAUCUAAAUUAGCUUUUUCAUCUUAUUACAUAUUAAGAUAUUUUUAGAAAUUCAGUGAUAUACUUGAAAUUUCCUACCCUUUACUUUCAAUAAUUCAUCAAAAUAGUUCAGGUCCCUUCGUUGUUACAUCCGUUAUAUUACGGAUACAAUGUGUGUUCAUUUCCUCCGACCGAUAGAAUCUGACAUUGCAUUUAUCCGAUUUAUGGAGUAUUAUUGGUGUCUAAUAACGAUUGCAAUCUAUUUUCAUGAUCACCGUGCAAUAAAAUUGAAUUCAAUGAACUGCCUUUGAGGACUUGCAUUUAGCAUUCCAACUUCCUCAAGCUAAGUAGAAAGGUUAUUUAUAAUUAUAUAAAUCUGAUUGUGGGUAAAAUAAAAUCGAUCGGGCUAAUAAUACAAUCUCCUAAUAGAUAUAAAAAAUCCUUUGGCAGUAUGUACGUUUGAAGCGCCAAAAACGGUCUGGUCUAUACGUUUCGAAGAGGUUAAAAAGUUUCAGAAAAUAUGAUAGCAUAGUAAGAUAACUGAUAUUGUCUCAAUGGCAGAGAAAACGAAAAAGAAUAUAAUCCGGUUGAAAAUAUACUUUCUUGCAAUAAUCGAUAUGACGGGAAUUAUCCAUAAGUGAAUGCUGCUUUUGCACUUGCUUGCUCUCUCGCAUCAUUCAUUCGUUUCCCCGCAUGCUUGUGCAAAAUAAUGGAAAAUAUGUUUAUAUUAAAUAUUUAUUUAAAGACGAAUAUAGCGGCUAUUCUGAAUUACUUAUUGAAAUGAUAUGAUGAAUGGUCUAAAAAUUUGAAUGCAUAUUACUUUUUUAAAUGUAUUCAACUUUAAUAUUAAAUCUUUUCAUUCAUUUUUCUACAAUCUAACAAUACUUUUUGUCGAUAAACUUCACUUUAAUUGUUGAUCGAAUUGUAUUGCGUGCGUUAUUGUUAUUAACGUGUAGUGAUUUUAAGAAAGCGUUCAAUAUUAAAUUUUAAAAUUUUUAAAAUUAAAAUAUUUAAAAAUUUUUUUUUUUUAUAUCCAGGCAUUGAACAUAUAAUGGGAAUGAAUUGUCCACAAAUUGGAAAAGAAAUAAAAUAGUUUAAUCGUUACAUUAACUAAAAAAUAAAUUACAUAAAAAUUUUUUUUAAUAAUGAAUUAGAAAGGAUGAAAAAUUGCUCCCCCGUCCAUUUUUAGUUAACUGUACAUCAAAGCUUGAAACGGUGCAGAUAUUAAAUUGUAAAAAAUGAAAUAAAUAAUAAACACCUUAAGCUUUUAUGUAUAGUUGUGCAAAAGAGACUUCUAGGAAAAAAUUUAUUUUUCAUCUUUUAGUACAUUAAUAUAAAAGCUUACUUAAAAAAUUUCUUCCAUAUAAUUUAUUUGUUACUGUUUAGUCCACUAGAAUUUGUAUUCUACUCUGCAAAUCUUUUCAUAUGAUAAGCACAUCGAGGGGAUUGUUAAAAAAAAGUUAGUCAACAACGCCUUUUAAUACGUGACCUAAUAUAGAAUUAUCGCAUUUAGCUUGGCUCAUUCUACACAGUUCUUUCAUUUGAUGCCCAAUAAUGCGUUGUAAUUUAAUGCAAUGCACUGCCAUUGAAACGAAAUGUGUAUGCAAAAUUUCAUAAUGAUCGGAUCUACGCAAGUGACCGAAAUAUCGACUGAGAGUUUUCUUGCUAGUACGACGGAAUUGUCCAUCAGAUAGUUCAGCCAAUUGUUAUCGUUGCUACGGUUUUUUCGUUUUUUUUUUUUAUAGAAUUGUUGUAAAUUGUAAAAAAGUGCGGUGUGCCGAAUGCGAAAUUUUCUCCUAUCCUUGGAAGAUAUAUCCAGCAGCAUAGGUGACAGGCGAACCCAUAUAUUCAUGGAUCCUUCUGCGGCAUUUUUGUUUUUUGGUAGCUCAUAUUGUUCUAAUGGACUACUCUCUCCAUUGCGGGAGGAGUUAAUAAAAUGUUAAUAAUUUAACCAAAAACUGUUUUUUUCAGUUGUUGCUGAUUGUCUUUUAACAAAAGAAAUAUAUAGUAUUUGCGUAGAAGAAUUGAUUUAAAACUUUUGUAACGAAAGUUAUAUUAAUUCGUUUGUGCUUUCUACAAGUCGGCAAAGAGUCAUAUUCGCGGCGAAAAUUAUUCUCCAAAAAAAUCACUUCUUACUUAGACUACCAACUGAAUGUUCGUGGGUUCAUGUUUAAAGUGCGGUAGAGUUUACUUUGGUCAUAUCUAUAGCGAGCGGUCAGUCACUAUCUUUCUGUCUUCUUCUUUUUCGUCAUAUCCUUCUGUUCAUCACGGCGUUACACGAAUAGGGCAUACUCCCUAAGUGGUUGGUCAUAAUGAAAAAAAAAAAACUUAAUGCUAAGCCUGCCAAAAACACAUUACUUAAUAAAAAAACUUUGCGAAUAUCUGGGAAAUUUUGAUCUUUAGUCGUCACAAAUUUUAAACGCUUUAUUUUCUGCAUCCCUAUUUGUAUGAAGGAUAUUGAGAAUUGUAAUAAAUUUGUUUAUCGUUUGUAAAACGUAGACAUACUUCAUUACGUAUGUAUAUGCAG